GAAGAAGCAAAUAGGGCAGUGACAGUUGUCCCUCACAUCCAUGUGCAUUUGUCAUGGCGACAGACAGUUGUGAUCAUGUGACUUCUUCACACAAGUUUCCCCAUGAAGGGACCAAUCCGUAGCGUCUUGGAUGAGAUGAAAUAAGACGAUCACAAUCUUAUGGCAGACACGCGAAUAUUUGAGAACGUUUGGUCAUCGAUUCAUAGCUGAAGUAGUUCUACUUGCACUCCAGUAGGUGGCGUCAAUCCAAGAAGUUUGCCAAAAUGACUUAACCAUAGAAGAAGUCGCGCGAGCCAAUCACGUCCCGAGUUUUCCAGCUCCUUCCUGUUUUUGCCCCGCUCGCGACCCACGCUGUCGCCAUGAAUCGUGCUGUUCCAAUCUUUUGCUCUAAGCGCCUCUCGUCGCUUUUGUUGAGAAAUAGACCGUUGAAAAGCGCUGGUGAUGACGUCGGUUGGGGCCCUCCCAGGCGGCGCGUGACCUCGAGCGGAACCAGUGUCGGGCGACGUCACCAUCCCGCGCCUGUCACCGGGAGAUGGUGCUCGGACACAUCCCGUGACGAGUACGAGCCUGAGGGGCGAACGAGCGAGCGCGCUCCCGCGAGCCAAAGGGCUUCCGAGACCUUCUCUCUGGACGUGCUGGUGUCCCUGCUGCGUCAGGAGAAUGCGGUGGACAUCUGUGUGAUUCGAGUCCCGGAGCAGAUCAAGUAUGCUCAGUACUUGAUCGUCGUCGGUGGUGUGUCGUCCAGGCACCUGUCCGCCAUGAGUCGGUAUGCCGUCAAAGUGUAUAAAUACUUGAAGAAGGAUGCGCAGCCACACGUCAAGGUUGAAGGCCAGGAUGCAGACGACUGGAUGUGCAUCGAUUUCGGGACUAUGGUGGUUCACCUCAUGCUCCCGGAGACCAGGGAAAGGUACGAGCUGGAGAAACUGUGGACCCUGCGCUCCUGUGACGAGCAGCUGCAGAGAAUCCCGGCUGAGAAGAUCCCAGAGGACUUCACCUAUGAUCUUGAAGACUCGCAGAAUUGAGGGGAAUUUUCCGCCUCAGGACUCGGAACAGUUGUGAGGACGAGCCGGACAGAUGUUUUUAGCAAAGAGACUUGCUGUCGAAGCCUUGUGUGAACGUUGCUGGCUUUGAUUCAAUUAAAAUCUUCU